AGUACCCAUUGGUGGAGCUGCUGGACCCAAACGACAACCGUAUUGGCCAAUGGUUGGAUGUGGCUCCCACCCAGGGAAUCGCAGACUUUUCAUUUCGCUUAGCAGAAGAGGUGGCACUGGGACGGUACAGGAUCAAUAUCCCUUCCACUGAACGUUCAAGCCAAAGCUUUAUUGUGGCAGAAUAUGUGCUUAAAAGAUUUAACGUUGAUAUCCAUAUGCCAGACAAAGUCACUCCGAAUGAUGAUUCCUUCCAUUUGGAAGUCUGUGGCAGCUACACCUACGGGAAACCAGUGCAGGGCGUUAUGAAAAUCGCAUUAUAUCCUGUGGAUAUUCCAUGGUGGAUGGUAUAUUAUGAUAGGGUUGACCCAGAAAUGACUGAGGAGCUUGGGACCGCACAGGGAGUCCAUACAGACGACUGUGGCUGCCUUAUAAGGGAAAUCGACCUUCGUCCUUUCAAUGUCUCAUCGAAUAAUGGUUCUUGCAUCAUUGACAGAAGACAAGACUGGUUUUGAACUUAAAAAAGGAUCCCAUGCGGAAUGAAAAGGUCUACCUCGUGGUGAAUGUGGAUGAAGUGGACACCAACAUAACGCUGGUGACAGAUGAGAAUGGAAUGGCAUGAUUUAGUCUCGACACUUCUGAUUGGAACGAUAUGGUGUCACUGACGGGGAGAAUUUCAUUUGAAGAAGGAGCAGGUUAUUUCAGGGCGUUACAGUGGCUCUUCCCAUUCUACUCUGAGAGUAACAGCUUUCUGAAAGUACAAACUGUUGCAGAAGAUUUGCUAUGUUCCACCAAGCAGUCGGUGUCAGUCGAGUACACGAUUGAUAAAAACGAACUGGACCCUGAAUCAGAUCACCUCUCUUUCUUCUACAUUCUUAUGUCUAAAGGAACAAUAAUUACUGCCAAAGAACAUAAAGUGGAUGGAAGAAUCUGCCAAGUGGCCCA